AUGACCACCCCCAACUCGCCGGAGCCACUGGCCGAUGCGGCAAAUGGCUCCGUCACCUAUGGCACGCGAUCGAGAGGCCGCAAUGCGCCAAGGCCAAAUUAUGCCGAGGAUCGUGACCUGGACAUGGACGCGGAUGCCUCCGCGCCGUCCAAGGCGGCCAAGCGCAACGGCGUAGCACCGGUCAACGGCGAUGAGAAGACCUCGUCGGCGCAACGUAAGAGCCUAAAUGGCAAUGUGAAUGUCCCCGCCAACGGCGCGGCUAAAGAUACCAUUCCCGGCACGUCUUCCUUUUCCGCCAGGCCAGAAGACGCGAAUGGGUCCAACUUGAGAAAGCGCAAACAACCCGCCAGCACACCCAAUUCCACACCCACCUCGGGUAGUGCUGCUAAGAAAAUCUUCACAUCCGCCCCCGGCGAUUCCGACGGGGACUACUUUACCAACAUGAUGAGCUUCGAAACGCAUGGUCCUUAUUUACAGGACGGCCAAUUAAUAGCUGACGAUGGCACCACUUUCGGCCUCAACGACCAUGUCUACCUCAUCUGUGAACCUCCAGGGGAGCCAUAUUAUCUGGCGCGAAUUAUGGAAUUUGUCUACUCCAAAACCAAGCCGGGGGGCUUUAUCGAGGCCCUCAGAGUGAACUGGUAUUACCGCCCACGAGACAUUCAGCGUCAUUCCCCCGACACCCGCUAUGUCUUUGCGUCGAUGCACUCCGACACUUGUCCCCUUUCCUCACUACGGGGGAAAUGUGAUAUCCGACAUGCCACGGAAAUUGAAGACAUCAACACAUACAAGAAGACAAAAAAUAGCUUCUGGUACGACAAGAUGUUCGACCGUUACAUUCAUCGUCUUUACGAUGUCAUCCCCACUAAAGAUAUUAUCAACGUUCCCUCAAACGUCAAAAAAGUUCUCGAUGAACGCUGGAGAUUUAUUCUCGUGGAGAUCGGCAAAGGGAAAGAAUUAACGGGUGCCGUCAAAACCUGCAAACGAUGUCGCCUUUACGCCGCCAAUUCCGAAUCAGUCGACUGUGCUGUUUGCCAUUCAACAUACCAUAUGCACUGUGUUCGCCCAGCUCUAACCAAGAAGCCCGCUCGAGGUUUUGCAUGGGCUUGCGCUGCUUGCAGCCGUGCCCAGGAACGGAAAUUGGAAGCGCGGAACACGCCACUGACCGGUGGACCUCGAGCGGACGGCGAAGAUAUCAUCAUGGAGGAAGAGGAGGAGGAAGAUCCCCACAGUCACGCCAAUGGGGCAGCGAAUGGGACUUCUGUCAGCACACCCGCGGCAGAGGAAGAUUUCAUGCCUCAGCCAGCAACCGUCGAGCAAAUGGCACAGGCAAAGAUGUGGCCUUACCGAUACCUUGGUAUCCACUGCCGUGUGGAGGAUGCCCUUGAUUAUGACGACAGAAUUUACCCCCGAGCGAGCUCACGUCUAGGAACACGACACCAGGCGAUGGUAGCCCCGUGGCCGGGUCGCCCUAUCGAAUAUGUGAAGCCACUUGAUAAGAAGAAGUCUAAGGUUGCGAAAAAGGAUGGCAAGUCCAAGGAUGCGCAGGCCGCAUUGGAAGCCGCCAAGCACGAGAGGGCCAACCGACCGAAGUGGGUGCAGGACGAACCGACAGGCUACAUCCAUCGCGGAUUAGAUGAGCCGGUUACGAUCAACGAAAAAACCGGGAAACAAGCACGCACCGCCGAGCCGAUAUUCAAAAUGCCUUCUUCUGAACAGAUUCCUUCUCGCGGCGAGGACGAGGCACCGGGUUCACAUUUGAGUGAAGAGGAUCGCGAAAAGUUCAUCGAUGACUACAUGCGCCAGGCCAAGGAACUUGCACCAGGAAUCGGCGUUGAGAAACAUUGCACCAACUUCCUUGACAAGGCCCUUCAGAUCCUUUACGCGGAAAGCUUUAAUGUACAGGCGGCCCUCGCCAAGUUGAAGAAAACCAACAGAUACAAGGAUCUCAAGGAACCCCACAUUCGACCAGAAGAACUCAAGCUGUUUGAGCAGGGUGUCGCCAAGUACGGAUCGGAGUGGCGCAAUAUCAUGAAGCAUGUCAAGACCGUCCCCAUCUAUCAGAUUGUGCGUUUCUAUUACAUGUGGAAGAAAACCCCCAGUGGCCGAAAGAUUUGGGGAGCCUAUGAAGGGAGACGCGGGAAGAAAGAAGUCCGCCGCCACAGUGUCACCUCAUCCAAGCUUCUCGAUGACGUUGCCGACGACCAUGACGACUCUGCAUUUGAUUCUGAGAAAGCGGUUGUACAGAAACGUGGAUUCCACUGCAAAUUUUGCUCAACACGCAGCUCACGGCAGUGGAGGCGAGCACCUCUCGUUCCGCCGGGCACCGUUAUUCCGUCCGAGCCCCAAAACAAGAAGGACAAGGGUCCCAUGCUCACUGUGUCACUUUGCCUCCGUUGUGCUUUGUUGUGGCGGAAGUACGGCAUCCAGUAUGAGGACGUUGACGAGGUGGCAAAGAGAAUCGCAAACAGCGGCAACAAGUCAUGGCGCCGGCGCAUUGAUGAAGAAAUGUUGGCGCAACUGAUUGUAGCCACCGAAACCCCAUUUGUGAUUAACAGUGCAACCGCCAAUACAGCUAGCUCGAUGGGCAUCCCGCUUGACACGAACCCCCGACUCAUGCAGGAAGGCAAAGUGGAUCCAACGAAGAAGAAGAUCAAGGAAACACCUGCGACCUCAACCGCCACAUCCGUCGAGCCUAUGCCGAAGAAGAAAUCGGGCCCCGAGAAGGUGGUUGAAGCCCCACCGGUUGUUCCUGAUCCACCAAAGGCAAAGACCCUCCCCUGUGCGGUUUGUAACGAAGUUGAGCCCACGGGCGAUGAACAUCUUUCAUGCAGGGACUGUCGUCUUACGGUCCAUCGGAACUGCUACGGUGUACGAGACUCGCGCGCAAGCAGCAAAUGGCUGUGUGAUAUGUGCUCCAACGACCGCAGCCCCUCAAUCUCCACAAACUACGCCUGCGUUCUUUGCCCGGUGUCAUGGACCGAACACGAUCUCAUGGAGACUACCAAGAACACUUCGCGUAAAAAGACCGAUCGCGAGAAGGAGAAGGAGCGCAUGGAAAAGGAGAUGGUCACCGAGGCUAUCAAGCUGUAUCGUCAGCGACAGGAGGCCGUUGGCAAGCCAGUCGGUCCCCGGGAACCAUUGAAGCGUACUGCAGGCAACAACUGGGCUCACGUGCUCUGCACCAUGUGGACACCGGAGUUGAAGUACGGUGACGCGGAGGAGCUUGAGCCCGCUGAAGGAUUUGGGUCCAUUCCUAAAGAGAGAUGGCGCGAGACGUGCAAGGUUUGCAAGUCCAACAAGGGCGCAUGUUUGCCGUGUAGCUUCACUGGCUGCAACGCUCACUUCCACGUUGGUUGUGCCUUCCAAGCGAACUACCGUUUCGGGUUCGAUGUUACACCUAUCAAGAGUUCACGCCGCGACAGCAUGCGACCCAUUCGUUUAGGUGAGGAUGUUGGAGCAGCCACAGCUGUGGUCUACUGUCCAAGCCAUAGCGUGCCAAGUGCAGUUCAUGAUAUUGGCGAGAAGACCAACCAGGACCACCUCAAUGCUCUUCAACUGUUUGCCCAAACCUACAAGCAAGCUGAUCUGUCACUCACUGGGACUGUUCGCAAGGCAGCAUACAUGCAGCAGUCUGUGGGGACUUCGCACCACAGUGCUCAGAAUGGCCACCGUCGAACCUCAACGACUACUGCGCCAACUGUCGUCAAGGAUGCACCCAAGGCCGCGACCUCAACCGAUGACGCAGCCGAUGACCCCAUGGAGAUUGACACAGACGUGAAGGUUGCGCCGCCUCCAGUUCCCUGUGAAACCGAAACCAACCGAAAGUGUGUCCGCUGCGCAACUGGCUUUAGCCCUAGGUGGUGGGCUCUCGCACGUCGCCCUGAUAUUCCCAUGCCGCCCAUGAUCAACGGGUCGGGACACAUUCCCCACCCCCCGGGCUUCGGCCAUGCAAACGGGGAUUUGGCUGCUCCGGCAUAUGAGUGCCACAAGUGCCAUAUUAAGAACCCAGCACCUCUCGCUCCACCAGUGACAGAUCCUUCGCCUGACCCAAGGCCCUCGCCAUAUAUCGCACAACGCACAAUGGUCCCCACGACCCGAAUGCCAGGCCACGGCCACGGUUUCCUGUCCCACCCACACCAGCACCCACACCCUCCUCCCCCGAGCGCUGUUCUUGGGCGGCCGAUGCCCCCAGCCCACGCGCACAAUGGCCUCCCAGGCCCGGCAUACACUGGACCCUACGAACAGCGCCCUACUCCCGAAAACGGUCUCCGCACCGGGAUGUCGUCGUCUCCUUUCCCUGCGGCACCCCCGCCUCCCCACCACAUUAGCAACUACCCACAACCUCACCCUGCAGGGCCACCCCAGUACACCAGCGCCGGGCCACCACCCCCUCCGCCACACUAUGCGCACCAGAGCCCCUAUGGCCCAGUGCCAGCUCGAUCGCCGCAUCUUUCCCAGCCCCCACCGCGUACCUACGCUGCCUCGGCAUCUCCCCCAAUCGUCCAGGCAACGACCGUUAACCGCUCACCGCAAACCUCGCUGAGCGCACUGAACGGCGGUCCACCCCCGCGCAUGUACUCUGUCGACCGUGGCCUGGGGGCCUCUUCACACUCACCGCCAGUGGCUCCGUCGCGCCUCGACCCUCGCGGGCCGACGCCACCCACGCGGCCUGAAGAUACACCACCUUCAUUGAUGGGUGGAAUUCCAAGCGCUGGUCGGACUUCUGGAGUCAACGGCACCGCCGGUCCUCCCGGCACCGGGGCAAGCGCGAGCCCAUCGCUGAAGAAUCUUCUCUCAUAA